AUGCAUUCUUCUACUCUGCAUAUGAUUUUCAUAUUGGCCUUGUUUACUCUUGCCUGUGCUGCUUUCAGUUCCAGCCGCUUCCAUCCAUGUAGUGACGAUUUCUUAGGAAUUGACACCUACUUGGAAAUGAUGAAGGAAAGAAACAACACCACCAAAUGCAAGAAAUUAUCAACUUUACAAGCUCAAUUUGCCUGGAACUACUACAAAACUAGUCACAACCAGACGCAAAUCAAUGUCCUCAUUGGCACAAAGUUGAUCACUGAUAUGGGGUGGCUGGCCUGGGGGGUGAACCCUGAUCAGCCACAGAUGGUUGGCACAAGCGCCAUCAUAGCCAUUAAGGUGCCAAAUCAAAACACUCCAGUUGUUAACACAUACAGCAUUACUAAAGAUACCAAGCGGCACUGUGCACUCAAGCCUUCAGAGAUAAAUGUGACGGUUCAAAAUAUGAGAGCACAGCAUAGAAUUGAAAUUGGAUUUUUCACCAUAUUUGCCACUCUGCUUCUUCAUGAAAAGUACAACAUUUCAAGCUUGAAUCAUGUGUGGCAAGUUGGGUAUUUUGCAGAAGGGUUGGAGCCUAAGAUGCAUUCGACGAGUCUCCAGAAUUUCGAUAGCAAAGAGGUUUUGGAUAUGCAGACUGGGCAUUGUCAGGACGUUGGACACAACAGGCAUCAUCUAAGAAAGAUACAUGGGGUUCUGAACAUCAUAGGGUGGGGAACAUUAUUGCCAAUUGGAGUUAUUAUUGCAAGGUACUUCAGGCAAUUUCCAUUUAAACUGGAGCCUUGGUGGUUUACAUUUCAUUACUCUUGCCAAGCUCUUGGUUACUUUCUUGGAAGCAUUGGCUGGGGACUUGGACUAUUGCUUGGACAUGAGUCAAAAUACUACUCCUUCCAUACACACAGGGUCCUGGGCAUUAGCAUUUUCGGAUUCACUACCUUGCAAAUGUUAGCCUUUCGAUUAAAGCCAACACGAGAAGACGAGUACAGGAAGCACUGGAAUGUUUAUCACCAUUUUCUUGGCUAUUCAUUGCUGGUUAUGAUCCCAGUGAACAUAUAUCAAGGGAUUAAGAUUCUAAAACCAGAUAACAGAAUCUGGAAAUGGGCAUACAAUGGAAUCCUUGUGCUCUUGGCUAUGGCAGUUUUGGCUUUUGAGAUUUACAGUUGGAAUAAAUUCUUACGUUCAAAAUAUGAUGGCUCAAAGCCAGGCAAUGGCCGCCCUUCGGAACAGAAAACUGGUCAGGCAUCAAGAAGCAAUGUCAGCCAUCCAGAACAGAAACUUGAUCAGGCAUCAAGAAAUUCAUCAAAACCAGAUCAAGGCACCUCAAAAGAACCUGCAGUUUCAAAGAGUUAG